ACGGAAGUGACGCCUAAAGUCCGUUCCACGGUAGCACGUUGAGCGCCCUACCUGCAGAGCAGCAUGGCAGAGCCGGAGAGUGAUGUGGGAUCUCAUACUGGGUGGCUUCCAGCCCCUGAUCUAGGGUCCCUAAGGAACUCCACCCCACAACGGGAUAACUGGGCACUCUGGGCGAUGCUACCACCUCCGCCACCUCCUUCGUCUUCUCUCGCGUCCGGGUCAGAGCUUUUCACCAGGGUGCAGCCUCCUAUGGAGGUACAGUCUUUCUCUGAGGCGCCGCCUCCCUUCGACGCCCAGAUACUCCCUGGGGAGCAGCCCCCCUUCGAUGCCCAAUCCCCACUUGAUUCUCAGCCUCAACUCAGCGGCCAGCCGUAUAAUUUCCAGGCUUCGACAUCAUGGUACUGGGGACAGCCUCUUGAUAGUUUCCCUCGACUUCAGAAACCCCACAGCCCUCCAGGUAAAUAUUCUUAUUUUCCACAAAAAUAUGAUCCACACGUCACUGGCUUCAACUUCCCUCCCAGCAAAAAACAGAAAAAAAAGAAAAGAAAGGAACCAGUUUUUCACUUUUUUUGUGACACUUGUGAUCGUGGUUUUAAAAAUCAAGAAAAAUAUGACAAACACAUGUCUGAACAUACAAAAUGUCCUGAAGUAGAUUGUUCUUUUAGUGCACAUGAGAAGAUUGUCCAGUUUCAUUGGAGAAAUAUGCAUGCUCCUGGUAUGAAGAAGAUCAAGUUAGACACCCCGGAGGAGAUUGCAAGAUGGCGGGAAGAAAGAAGAAAAAACUAUCCAACUCUGGCCAAUAUUGAAAGGAAGAAAAAGUUAAAACUUGAAAAGGAAAAGAGAGGAGAAGUAUUAACAACAACACAGUAUGGCAAGAUGAAGGGAAUGUCCAGACAUUCACAGAUGGCAAAGAUCAGAAGACCUGGCAGACAUCACAAGUGGAAAAAUGAUGGUGCUAAACAGAGACCAGUCAGUGGAUCAGGCAGUCACUUCUGUGGUUCCAAGACUGAAAGUCCACCUGAGGCACAUGCAGAUCCUCUUGGUGUUUUGAUAAACAGCGAUUCUGAGUCUGAUAAGGAGGAGAAACCACAACACAUAGUUGUACCUAAGGAAGUGACACCAGCCUUGUGUUCACUGAUGAGCAGCUAUGGCAGUCUUUCAGGAUCAGAGAGUGAGCCAGAAGAAACUCCUAUCAAGACUGAAGCAGACAUUCUGGCAGAAAACCAGGUGGUUCUGGCAGAAAACCAGAUAAAUAGCACUACUCUUAAGAGUCCAAGACAAGAUGUUAAAGCAACUGUUAGAAAUUUCUCAAGAGCCAAGUGUGAGAACCAACAAAAAGGUUUUAAAAGGACAAACUCUAAGAGGAAAAAAGAUUAUCAUAACUAUCAGACAUUAUUUGAACCAAGAACGCACCAUCCAUAUCUCUUGGAAAUGCUCCUCGCUCCAGACAUUCGACAUGAAAGAAAUGUGAUUUUGCAAUGUGUUCGGUACAUCAUCAAAAAAGACUUUUUUGGACUUGAUACAGAUUCUACAAACACUGAAGAUGUAUAUUUGCCAUCAAUUUCAGUGCGUAAUUGAGACGUUAUAAGACAGCAGUGUCCUCACGUUAGUGGAGGAAAGCCAAAACCCCCUUUUUUCCCCCCAAAACUGGAUUAGUAAUUAAAUUUUAUGUAAUUUUAGUAAUUAAAUAUUAU